AUGUCGUUCUGGGGCUGCAUCGUCGCGCCGGGCGAGCCCAAGAAGGUGGAGACGCGCGCCGGGGAGCUGCUGCACCUGUCGCAGGCGUGCCUGGAUCCCGCCACGCCAGCGGGCGCCUCCGCCAAGGUGCUGGUCGAGCAGGGGGGGCAGAGCUACGCGGUCGCCUGCCUGCGCGAGGGCGCCCAGGAGUUCUGCGCCCUGGACCUGUUCCUCGACUCCACGGAGGCCAAGCUGGCAGUGAAGGGCGACACCAUGAUGCAGAAGGUGCAGGACUACAUUGCCAACCUCGCAGAGGGCAAUGCUCAGAAGGACCUUGAACCCUUCCUGGCGCUGAUGUACGGUGAGGAUGUGCCAGCGGGCGGCCAACCAUCCCACGUCGAGUGGGACGGUGAGCGCUGGGCUGCCGCCAGGGUGGUGAAGCACCUCGCCAGAAACCCACACCACAGCGGCACCUGGCAGGAGUACCGCUCCUCCCUGGCACGGGACAGGGGCCCUAACCUCUUCCGGCACGAGCGCGACAUGCUAGUGGGCUUCCUGAGGAGCCUCCACAGUGCCUUCGCAGCGGCCACCCUCGCAAAUCUCGCGCUGCAGGGCCCGGUGGUCGCUGACAGCAGCGAGGAGGGCCCGGUCGACUUCGCCGAGCCCCAGGCCUCCGCUGCGCCGUCGCCGAGCCUGGAGGCCAAAGUCGACGACGACAUCAAGCGCGAUGGCCAGCCAGCUGCCUCAGGCAGGUCCGCGCGUUCUGACCAGCUCUGGCUGCGCAUGCACUUCCCUGGCUUGGUCCGCCGCUGGCCCCUGGGACGCUGGUUCUCGCAGGAGUGGUUCAGCCUUCUUGUCCAGCCUGGCAGUCCCCUGGCGGUUCUUUCCUCGUGCCUCUGGCGCCCGGUGGCGACGAGGGAGCCUUCCCCCGCCCCAGAGGUCCUGCGAGGCCGGCAGGAUCCCGAUCCCCUGUCCGUGCGGGUGCCGCCUUGCCCCGCGGCCGCCGUGGAGCCCCCUCUGGUCGGCAGCGCUGGGCGCGACUCGAAGAACUGGUCGGCACUGUGCGUGGGCCGGGUCUGCGGACCGAGUCUGCACGGGGUCCGCGGGGGCGGGUGGCUGCUGCGCGGGGCCAGCGGCCUCGCGGCCAUGGGCGACGAGACCCCCGACGAGGGCCGGGCGCCGCGGCGGGCCCAUGCCGUGGCCGUGCAGGACCACCACGGCGCCGGCGCCUCGGCGCCCUCGUCGGCGGGGCGGGGCGGCUACCCCUCGGGCAACCUGGGGCCCACGGGGCUGCCCGGCAUGCCCCUCGGCCUGGACCUCUCCUUCGGAAUCCAGGGGCUGCAGUUCGAGAACAUCAACCUCGUGGGCUCGGAGCUGGGCGAGAGCGCGAUCUUCUCGCUCGUGACGUCGGUCAGCCACAUCACGUCCCUGGACCUGCGAGGCAACCGGCUCAGCGCUGCGUUCGGGUGGAGGCUUGUGAAGGCGAUGAAGAAGAAAUACCUCAGCCUCGAGUACUGUAACGGCGUGCCCCUGCACAAGCUGCGCCACAACAGCAUCUCAAGGUUGGAUUUGGCGUCGGUCCAUAAUAACCAUUGCAUGUACGGCAUAGAGGUCGUCGGCGCCAUCUUCUUAGCGCACUUCCUGCGCCUGAACUCCUCGCUGACGGAGCUGGACUUCCGGAGGAACAACGUCGAGAAGGACGGAGCCAAGGCUUUGGCGCAGAGUUUGCUCGGCAAUGCGCAGUGCCAGCUGCGGGUCGUCAACGGCAUGCAGCUCAAGGCUGUUGGGUCCAGGCCGAUCGGCUGCGACUUCGCAGACUUCCGCACCAGCCAGCUGACCGUCCUGAACCUGACCAAAUUGAUGUUAGACGACGACGACUUCGUCUUCCUCGAGGAGUGGCUGCGACGCUACGACUGUGUUACCGAGCUGGACAUCUCCCAGAACGUCAUCCGGAAGGACGGAGUCAGAAAGCUCGCCAAGUACGUCAAGGAGACGAAGACGCUGCUGAAGCUGAACGCCACGCAUCUGCCGGUGGACUUCGAGGGCUCGGCCAUGCUGGCGAGCGCAGUCCUCGACAACGAGACUCUGGAGGAGGCCGCUCUCCCGCUGGGCCCAUGCAACGACAAUCCGGACCAGCAGCAGAUGCUGCAGGACUUUGGCAUAGGCCUGUGGGACCACCCGAGGAUGAACAGACUGGCGUCCAACACCUCCCGGCCGCCGCUCGAGUGGGCGAACCUGUCCCUCGUUCGCGAGAAUCAGGUUCCCGUCUUCCCGCCCCAGAGGAGCGCGGGAUGGCCCAGGGUGCAGAUGCUGGUGUUCAUGUGGUUCAUGGUCGCGGGGAAGCCGCAUCUGGAGGACGUCCUCUUCGGCUCGUCCAAGAAUCCGUCCAAGGAGUACCCCAAUUGUUCCAGCACGCCGAGGGAAUUGUGGCCAGGCCUGAUGGCCAUUGUGCACGACAUGCACCGGACGUUGGUCAAGCUCACGGUGGCGCUGCCGCGCGAAGGCAGGCCAGUUGCCAUUGAGUUGAUGCGGGCGAUCUCCACGAAGUGUGUUCAGCUGAGGACGCUGAACCUCCUCGGCUACGCGUCCACUCCGAUGCCUCUCGACGAGGCCAGACUUCUGCAGGACUGGACUUCUACAGGCACCGCUCCCAGGUGGCUCAUCGAGGACAGGCUGGUUGGCCGCAAGCUGCACUGGCAGGCGUUGUACGGCAUGCUGUCCACGAUGGAGCAGAGCAAGGUAUACCUGGAAAAGUUCAAUGAGAUCUCCUUCCGGGGCCCUCAUGAGGGUGGCGCACGGCUUCGGGACCAGCCAGAGUUGACGAUGAUGGUGUUGAUGCAGUGCCUCGUCGGGGUGGCCGUGGAUCUGCAGAACGGCGGCGGAGAUUUCCCGCAGCUCGUGGCGAACUUGUCGGCGGACGCCGAUGUGGAGGAGUUCUGCGACGUGCUGCGCCUUCUGAGCAAGACCCCGAUGGUCGUGAUCAUCAACUUCACAGCCACGUUCCCGAGAACCAACAACCCGCUAGUCGAGACGAUCAAGAGGCAGCAAGCGCAGCUUGCAGGGCCUCUGUCUGGAAUGGCUUCGGGAGACCAGGUGCCCCGCUUCACGCACGCGGUGGUGCUGAAGAACAACCAGGUCUCGGAGCGCCUGCUGGAGUCGUUGGACUGCCACGCGCCGCUCCGCGAGUUCUGCUACGACCACCUGCGGCCCGCACUGCCCGCUCUGUUCAAGGCGUUCUGCAGCCGCGAGAGGCCACUGCCCGUCGAGCGCAUCCGCGUGAUGCCCAAGUGGUCGACCAUGGGGUCGACCUCAUGCAAUGCCCACAAACGCUUCAGCGAGAAGAGGAGGCGGCAGCUCGAGAACAUCCACGCCGCCCUUCUCCGAAGCGAGCACUUCCAGGAGAUCGUCAGCGACGCCCGUGGCACCGUCUCCAAGGACGACGUGGCGGCCAUGCCGCCCGAUCAGUUCGCCGCGCUCCUCAGCGGUGUCGACGCGAACGAGUACGACACUGGCGAGCGCCACGACUCGAAGACGUUCUGGAGAUGCUUCCCCAGCGCCAAGAAGUUCUUCCAGCACCCCGAGCCGGAGGAGCAGGAGGAGGAAGAGGAGGAACUCUUUGUUCCCUUGCCCCUAGAUGACGACACGGCGGGGGAGCUGCAGCUGGAGAAGCUUUCCUUGUGCAUGUGCGACCUCCGCUCGCACCUGGCCAGCACAGUCCGCCCAGACGAGUGGCCAGCCACCUCCAGGCCUCUGUGGGAUGGGCCGAGAAAGAACAUGAAGCCAGGGGACUGGGACGAGCUUCUGGCAGACACUUUCGAGCACGAGGCCGACGCUUACGACAAGGAGGAGGGCCCUCCCCCCUUCACGCGCUUCCACUGGAGGGAGGAUCUGCGCAUCGGCACCCAGCAGGCUGCCCUGCAGGCGAUGGGGCCCUUGGGCACAACGUUCGUCGACGGUCUGCUCCAUGAUAUCCUGAGAAGCCUCCUGUCCCCGAACAGCACGCUGAGGUCGCUCGACCUCAGAGGCUGCGGGCUGAAUCGCGUGGACGCAGAGGUGAUCAUCAGCCUGCUUGAUGAGCAGGAUGUCCUCCAGACGCUCAACGCGAUUCCAGUGGACAGGGAAGAGGCUGCCGAGCGCACCGAGCUGAGGAUCGAUGGCUCCUGCAUCGACAGGCCUGGCUCUGGCCGCGGUGGCAGCGAAGACGGCAUGGACGAGGAGGAGGAGGAGCCCAGCGGCGAGGCAUUCGCUCGGGAAGCGCUCGAAGCCGAGUACGUCAGGCUGGACGAAGGGGACGGGCUGAUCUACUUCGAGUACUUGAAGCCAGAGUCCUUCCCAUCGCUCAACUCGCUGGUUCUGAGGCGGCUAGAGGUGCCUCUCGACUCCACACUGGCGCUCCUCACGGACGCGCUGCUGUCCAUCCCGUCGCUGGAGCGCUUGCACUUAGCAGACCUUCGCCUCACCAGCCGCGGCGCGAGCCUGCUGCUUCAGGCGGUCACACAGAUGGCCCCGCGGCUGCAGAGCCUCAACCACCUCCCCGUCGGCCAGCUCGUCGCCCAGAAGGACGCGCAGGAGGGCGGAGCGCUGGAGCUCCCGGAGGGCGUCGAGUGGAACGACUUCACCCUCGGCGUGAUGGCGAGGCUGCAGCUGUGGCCUGUGGCCGCCUUCCUGCCGCCCUCGGCUGCCGACGGCGCCGAGUUCCGCCUGCGGGGCCCCAGCCUGACCGACGUCGGGCUCAAGGGGCUGUGCGUCCUGCUGCGGCACCUCGCGGAGCAGGAGAGGAGGGCCACCGCGCCCCUGAGCCGGUCCUCCGCCCCGAACCUGGUUCGCAUCGACCUGUCCGGCAACCUGCAGAUCACCGACGACACGGUGGCGCAGCUGUGUCACACCCUGAAGCACCAGUCCAUGGGCGGCAGCCUGCGGCACAGCCUGCGGGAGCUCAACGUGCGCUCCUGCCCUCGCCUGCGCACGCGCUCCUCGUUCGAACUGCUAAACUUCGUGCACCACAUCAGGGAGGUGCUCCGCGAGGGGGCCGCCUCGGCCAGGCUGGGCAGCUCGCUGCAACAGAUCAACGGGGUGGACCUGGAGCUUCUCCAGUCGGGCACUGGCCGCUCCGCCGGCGCGUCGGGCCGCUCCAGUGGCCCCCCGAUGCUUCUUCGCACCUUCGCGGAGGUGUCGGGGCGGCCUGGCCGGAGCAAGCCGUUGUUGGCCGCGAUGUCCGAGUGCGACGCGCACUUCUUCGCGGGCAUACUGCACCUCUACACCCAGAUACCAUACUGCCACGUGCACGUCGUGGUCCCUGGCGACCUGGGGAAGAGACGUUCGGCCGACAGCCCUGGCCCGUGGGGCAUGCCGCAGAACCUGACGGCCGAUGGCGGCAUGUUUCAACAGGCCACGGUCAGCAAUGCCAGCCCUUUCCCGCCGCCCCAGUCGGUGGAGAGGCAGCGUGUUGCAGCGGCAAUCCAGGCCCAGUUGGAUUCCGCGCGGCGUCUCUUUGAGGCGUGCCCCUUCGCCACGCAGCUCAGGCUGUCCGUGGUACCUUUGGUGGACAGCGUUGAGGACCUCGUGGCUGAAGGCGACCGCACCGUGCUGAACGGGGUGCCCGGAACUGAGCGCCAGGGCGAUCAGUCCACCUUCGGGCGUGUUAAGCAGCGUCUGCAGGAGAGGGCGCGCAAGUCGAGGAGGCGACGGCAGGGCGAGGCGGACCAGCCGAAGCGUUUGUAUUAUCAGAACAACAUAAACUCGCGCCUGCUGCACUGCUGCUUCCGGACGCUGUAUGGAAAGGACGACACCGAGUUGGAGCACGCGGAGAUCAUGAACGGGGUGAGCACCGUCAGCUUGCCGUCCGAGGUCGACGUCACUCAGGUCUUCGGGGUCGCCACUUCGGUGGAUAUGCAGCACCUGGACCUCUGCCCGGCACACCUUUGCAGGCUCCCGGAGGUGGUGGAGAUGCCCGUGCUCACGCAUGUCAACCUCAACCAUAACCACCUCGGCGAUGCUGGCACUGAGCUGCUGUUCAGGGCGCUUGCGGAUGCCAACUGCAACGUUGUCCACGUGGCGGUAGCCUCAAACAAUAUCGGAGACGAGGGCGCGACCUUUAUCGCAUCGAGUCUGGUCAAGCUGCCCCGGCUGACGAGCCUAGAGUUGUGCGACAAUUUCAUUCAGGAGAGAGGCAGCACCGCCCUCGCAGACGCGAUCGCUGGCGUCGUCCCUCCCGAGGAGGAGGACGAUGAGGAGCCCGCGCCGCUGGAGCCGUUGCAGGUCCUGUCCCUCGACCUGCGCGGCAACCGCAGCCGGGAGCUGGGCGCGAAGCGGUGGGCCGAAGUCAUCGCGGCACACCCAGAUCUAAAGUUCUUGUGCCUGGCCCAGAACGGGAUCGGGUGCCUGGGCAGCAGCAUGUUCAUGGACCUCGUCAUCAGCGCCGUCCAUUCCACCGUGCUGAGCGUGCUAGAUCUGCAGGACAACUUCCCGCUGCCGGACGGCGUGCCGGGGGCCGUCGACAUGGGCCCACCGCCCGAUGAGGUUGCCGAGGAGCUGCUGCAGUUCCUGCCCCCGGGGGAGUACGACCCUGCUGAGGUCCGCCGGGCGGUGUUCAUCCGGAGGCACCGGGCAAGCGCCAUGCCAGGGGCUGGCGAGAAGAAGGGCCGCCAGCCGCAGCAGGGCCAGCGGACACUGGGCACUCGGCCCCAGGACACCACCGCGGGUUCGGUGCCCGUGAGUCCUGGGCUCGCGCCCGGCGGCGAUUCCUGA